GGCUCCUAGGCGACUGAAGAUCUCAGGAGGAACAACUUGCAAAAUAUGCCAUGUAGCAGGGGCUGCAGUUGGCAGCUGUAACUGAGGCUGCAAGCGAGGCUCCCCACCUGGGGCAAGCGUCGGCCCAGCUCGGCCGGAGGACGCGGUGACUGCGGGACCCGCAGCCCUAGGGUCGCGGCUGCGGAGCGGGAGUGCGUAGAAGGAGGCGACGCGCUCACGCCUGAGGCCAACGCUUAGACUCCUGCCUUCAGCCCCCUCUCCCGCCUCUCGCCCCAGAAAUGAGCUGGAGCAUCGCCUGUUUGAUUCCAGAGCCCGAAUCGGCAAGCAGAGCAGACCUCAGCGGCAGCUUUGUGAGGACUUAGCUGGGACCUGGAAGCGUAUCCUCCUGUGUUUUUUCUGACUUCUUGGAAAUUAAGGAAUGCAAUUCUGCCACCAUGAUGGAAGGACUGAAAAAACGUACAAGGAAGGCCUUCGGAAUACGGAAGAAAGAAAAAGACACUGACUCUACAGGCUCGCCAGAUCGAGAUGGAAUGCAGCCCAGCCCACACGAGCCACCCUACCAUAGCAAAGCAGAGUGUACGCGUGAAGGAGGGAAGAAAGCUUCGAAGAAAAGCAAUGGGGCACCAAAUGGAUUUUAUGCAGAAAUUGAUUGGGAAAGAUAUAACUCACCUGAGCUAGAUGAAGAAGGUUAUAGCAUCAGACCUGAAGAACCAGGCUCUACCAAAGGAAAGCACUUUUAUUCUUCAAGUGAAUCUGAAGAGGAAGAAGAAUCACACAAGAAAUUCAAUAUCAAGAUUAAACCCUUGCAAUCUAAGGAUGUCCUUAAGAAUGCAGCGACUGUGGACGAGCUGAAGGCUUCAAUAGGCAACAUCGCACUUUCCCCAUCGCCUGUGGGUGCAAUUAAAAGGAACUUAUCCAGUGAAGAAGUCGCAAGACCCAGGCGCUCUACCCCAACACCGGAACUCACAAGCAAGAAGCCUCUGGAUGACACUCUGGCCCUUGCUCCCCUCUUUGGUCCACCACUAGAAUCAGCUUUUGAUGAGCAGAAGACAGAAGUUGUUUUAGAUCAGCCUGAGAUAUGGGGUUCAGGCCAACCGAUUAACCCAAGCAUGGAGUCGCCAAAGCUAGCAAGACCUUUUCCCACUGGAACACCUCCGCCUCUGCCUCCGAAAGCAGUACCAGCCACCCCGCCUCGAACAGGCUCCCCCUUACCAGUUGCAACAGGAAAUGACCAGGCAGCCACAGAGGCCAAAAUUGAGAAACUACCAUCCAUCAGUGACCUGGACAGCAUUUUUGGGCCAGUGCUGUCCCCCAAGUCUGUUGCUGUUAAUACUGAAGAGAAGUGGGUCCAUUUUUCUGAUGCAUCCCCGGAACAUGUUACUCCAGAGUUGACUCCAAGGGAAAAGGUGGUGACCCCACCAGCUGCAUCAGACAUCCCAGCUGACUCCCCAGCUCCAGGCCCACCUGGCCCCCCAGGCUCGGCAGGUCCCCCAGGGCCUCCUGGUCCUCGCCAUGUACCGUCUCCGCUCAAUUUAGAAGAAGUCCAGAAGAAAGUCGCUGAGCAGACCUCCAUUAAAGAUGAUUACUUAGAAACACUCUCAUCUCCUAAAGAGUGUGGGUUGGGACAGAGAGCAACUCCACCUCCCCCACCACCACCCACCUACAGAACUGUGGUUUCGUCCCCCGGACCUGGCUCGGGCAGUGGUACGGGGACCACCAGUGGUGCAUCUUCUCCUGCUCGGCCAGCCACACCCUUAGUUCCUUGCAGCAGCACCACUCCGCCUCCACCUCCUCCCCGGCCUCCAUCCCGGCCAAAGUUACCUCCAGGAAAGCCUGGAGUUGGAGAUGUGUCCAGACCUUUUAGCCCACCCAUACACUCCUCCAGCCCUCCUCCGAUAGCACCCUUAGCCCGGGCUGAAAGCACUUCUUCAAUAUCGUCAACUAACUCACUGAGUGCAGCCACCACUCCCACAGUUGGUUCCUCCAGGGGGCCCAGUCCUCUAACUAUGGGGGCCCAGGAUACCCUCCCGGUUGCGGCAGCUUUCACAGAAACUGUCAACGCCUACUUCAAGGGAGCAGAUCCAAGCAAGUGCAUUGUUAAGAUCACAGGAGAAAUGGUGUUGUCCUUCCCUGCUGGGAUCACCAGACACUUUGCCAACAACCCAUCCCCAGCUGCUCUGACUUUUCGGGUGAUAAAUUCCAGCAGGUUAGAGCAUGUCCUGCCGAACCCCCAACUUCUCUGCUGUGAUAAUACACAAAAUGAUGCCAAUACCAAGGAAUUCUGGGUAAAUAUGCCAAAUUUGAUGACUCACCUAAAGAAAGUCUCUGAACAAAAACCCCAGGCUACAUACUAUAAUGUGGACAUGCUCAAGUAUCAGGUGUCUGCCCAGGGCAUUCAGUCCACACCUCUGAACUUGGCGGUGAACUGGAGAUGUGAGCCUGCGAGCACUGACCUGCGCAUAGACUUCAAGUACAACACGGAAGCCAUGGCCACCGCAGUGGCCCUUAACAAUGUGCAGUUCCUGGUCCCCAUAGACGGAGGUGUGACCAAGCUUCAGGCUGUGCUUCCUCCAGCAGUCUGGAAUGCUGAGCAGCAAAGAAUAUUAUGGAAGAUUCCUGAUAUCUCCCAGAAGUCAGAAAAUGGAGGUGUGGGUUCUUUACUGGCGAGAUUUCAAUUAUCCGAAGGCCCUAGCAAACCUUCGCCAUUGGUUGUGCAGUUCACCAGUGAAGGAAGCACUCUCUCAGGCUGUGACAUUGAGCUUGUUGGAGCAGGCUACCGGUUUUCACUCAUUAAGAAGAGAUUUGCUGCAGGAAAAUACUUGGCAGAUAACUAAUAAAAGGUCAUGCAAGGAUUUGGAAGAUCCAUGCCCCGGAGAACUGUUGUUUGAGAGACAUAUUUUAAUCUGGUUUGAGGAAAACAAACCAACGCCCGUACUUGGGGUCUGUCAGCUGGAAGGUCCUGACUUUCAUCAGUGACUUCCCGCACCCAGUACCAUGAUGAUCAGUUCUACAGUAUUUACUUAUAGGUGUAAUAUUUGUUAAUGGUUUUAAAAUGUAAUUAUUGUAUUUGUAAACUGUACCUUCAUUCCAGUAAGGCAGUUAGACACUUGGGUUUUAGCAUUUUCAAUUCCUGAAACGGAUGUAAUUUAAACUGUGGUAUGUAAAUUUAAUAGUAGUACUGUUGAACGGCACAAUGCUUACAGAGAUACAGCGCAUUUUGUCCAUAUAUAAAAUUUAAAUAUAAUGUCGAUAGCUAUCACAAAGGGGGUGCCACACAUCAAGAACCUUAAACGGAACCAGAAACAACACACCCAACUUACUUUCCUACACUCUUUACCAUAUUUCCCUCUAGUGCUAAAGAAAACUUCUAGGUUAAGUUUAGUGGGUUAAAUUCAGAAACUAUUUCAGAAAAAAAAAAUUCUAAA